AUGACGAACUACUAUUACAGAGAAAAUAAUAUAACAAGUCCUAUCCCCUCUGAGAUUGGGAGGCUCCAAAAGCUUGACACACUUGAUCUUUCCAAUAACAACUUCAAUAGUCAAAUUCCCAACACUUUAUCACACUUAAAGAGUCUUCAAUACCUGCGACUGGACAAUAACACUUUGAGUGGAGCAAUUCCUGCAUCUUUGGCUAACAUGACACAGCUUGCCUUCCUGGACCUGUCAUACAACAAUCUAAGUGGUCCAGUACCAAGGUUGCCUGCCACGACCUUCAAAUGCUCAAACUGCUAGGAGACCCAAAAACCAUAAAAUUGCUUUAGCCUUUGCUUCAAGCCUGGGCUGCAUUUGUCUACUAAUUCUUGGGUUUGGUUUCCUUCUUUGGUGGAGGUACAGACACAACCAGCAAAUUUUCUUUGACGUCAACGAGCAACAUCGUGAGGAGGUUUGCCUUGGAAACCUGAGGAGAUUUCAAUUUAGAGAGCUUCAGAUGGCAACAAACAACUUCAGUAGCAAGUACUUGGUUGGAAAAGGUGGUUUUGGAAAUGUCUACAAAGGCUGUCUCAGAGAUGGUACAAUAGUAGCAGUAAAAAGGCUUAAAGAUGGUAAUGCCAUUGGUGGUGAGAUUCAAUUCCAAACUGAAGUUGAGAUGAUCAGCCUGGCAGUUCACAUGAACCUUCUUCGGCUUUACGGGUUUUGUACGACGGCC